CUCUAGACAUCAGUCUACCGGAGGUGUUCAUUUAAGUUAAUCCCAUCCCCUUACGCUUUGUUAUCUAUCAAUUUACAACGUAGGACUGCCAGUUAUGAUUUGAAAUUGCGAGGUGAACUCGUACAUUUAUGUUUGAUUGUUGAUUAUGGUGUAAUUUGGAGUACUUUCUUUCUCCCCGAGACAACAACCACAGGCUUCCGUCUUGGAUAACUUGUGGAUCCAUUGGCACCAGGAGUCAAAAAUAGCAAGCCGUCACAAAGUCAGGACGUGAGAGAGAGGGGCCGGCCAUGCUGACGUUGGCGAGCAAGCUGAAGAGGGAGGAUGUACGGGCUGGUCGGGCCCCUGGGGGCCCCUCUGACUCCACCCACCGCGUGUCUGUGCGGGAUCGCCUACUAAUCAAAGAGGUGGCAGAAUUGGAAGCCAAUCUUCCCAAUACCUGCAAAGUCACAUUCCCAGAUGUGAACAAGCUGCACCACUUUCAGCUAGCCAUAAGUCCAGAUGAAGGCUAUUAUCAGGGUGGAAAGUUUCAAUUUGAAAUCGACGUCCCCGACGCCUACAACAUGGUGCCUCCCAAAGUCAAAUGCCUGACCAGAAUAUGGCAUCCGAACAUCGCCGAAACGGGAGAGAUCUGCCUGAGUUUAUUGAGGGAGCACUCGAUUGAUGGCACGGGCUGGGCACCGACGCGAACGCUAAAGGAUGUCGUGUGGGGACUGAACUCUCUGUUUACCGAUUUACUGAAUUUCGACGACCCCUUGAACAUAGACGCUGCAGAGCACCAUUUGCGGGACAAGGAGGACUUUAGGAACAAAGUUCAAGACUUCAUCAAGAACUACGCGAGAUGAUGACGACGGGGGCUACUGGACUUCUCUUCCUCUUGUUUGCCACACGACACAGUGCGAUGCCAACCUCCAAACCAACCUCCCACCCCCUACCCGGGCAAACCUGGAUUUGCCACUGGGUGCCACCAGUAACCCAGCCUCUGCACCUCACCUCACCUCACCUCACCUCACCAAUCCCUUGUCCACCCCUCCAAACACCAAGCAUUAAAAACAAAAAAUGAGAAUGAGACACGUAAAAAAAAAAAAAGAAUCCAAAAGCCACAUUUUGACAUGGAUAAAAAAUGAUAACGCUGAAGCACUUCUCUGUGGACUAGUCACGUGGAUCCCAGCUGGGUACUGUAUGAGCCUGGGGUGGGGCGGUCUGUCUGAGUGUGUAUGUGUGUGUUUGUGUGUGUGCGUGUGUAUGGGUUCGCGCAUGUGUGUGCAUGUUUGAGCGACUGUGUAUGUGUUACUGACUGCGUAUGUGUGACUGUGACUGUGUAUGUGCGUGUGCGUGUCCGUUAAGCUUGUGAUUCAAGUGUGCAAGCCUCGAUAUGUGAAUCAGAGCAAUGCCCUUAAGUGUGACUGCCGAGUGGCCAAUCCGAGGCUGAGGGGAAAGAGAGAGGGAACAGGGAAAAACUGCAAAAGAUGGCAGCCAUGGUGACGAAACAUGGCAGACAGACUGAUUUUUUUUUUUCAUUCUCCCUGGAAUGUCAUCUUCUUCCCUGUUCUAGUGCCUGCCUUUGUGUUCUUUUUUUCUGCGUCUACGGACUUUUUUUUUUUAGCCUGUUUCAAAACCAAACAAACAAACCUGCUCUGCUGCAUGCCACAGCCUACAGUUCCCACAAUGCAACUUGCGUGCCCCCCCGCUGCCAAAGGAUAUCCAAUCACAGGAUCACUCGCUAAAGGUAUACUGAAUAUGAUGAUUGGUUUCAGCAUAAUGUCAAACUAGCCAAUCCAAGUGGAAGGUUGGGAGGGGGGGUGUAUGGGGGUUUCUGCACCAUGCGGCCUAUGGUAGCCAACCAAAGGCGGGCUCUUUGUGAAGAAAACAAAUACGGAGGGCCUCAGACUGCUGUUUUAACUUCUUACUGUUCUUCUGUCAUCCGUUCUAUAAAUAUCAUCACACCACAGACUGUUCUUCUCGGUCUACAUUUUCACUUGUAGUUAAAAAACAUGCAAACACACUCUAUAAGGUGUGAGCAUGUUGUGUCUCACUUAGUGUGCCUCUCUGUAUGCAAGAAAAAAAGACUGUUGGCUUCCUCAAAUCAGAAUGUUGGGGGGGGAAUGUCAUUUGCUCUGUCGUAUGCAUUUUAUCAGCUGUGAAGUGUGUGGAUGUCAGUGUGUGAGUGUGAUUGUGGAUAUAAAGAGUACUUGUUCAGCUUCACAGGUGUGUGCAUGUAUACAUCCGUGUGUAGGCGGAUGAUAGUUUUAUUUUCAUUUUGUGCGUUUUGUGUUCUCUGUCAUGUAUUUUGCAGGAGCGACUGGGCAGAAGGUGUGUGAUGGUGAAUGUGUGUGUGUGUGUGUGUGUGUGUGUGUGUGUGUGUGUGUGUGUGUGUGUGUGUGUGUGUGUGUGUGUGUGUGUGUGUGUGUGUGUGUGUGUGUGUGUGUGUGCGCGUGUGGUCUGGUAGCAUGCACUGGGCUCUUGAUGUGCUCAAUCAUAAAACCGUCUGAAGAGCUGGUGAGGCUUGACGAUAUUAUUUAAACUCUUCUUUUCUUAGAGUUGUAUAUCCAUUUGUAAAAUAUAUUAAAGAGGAAUUAUACUACGGGA